AUUAUGGUUCAUAUCAUUGAUGUAAACGACAACCCACCAGUAUUUUCUCACAACGUGUUUACAUACCUUAAUGUCAACGAGAAUCACGACAUAGCAGAUCCCAUAGGAAGAGUUCAAAUUUCAGAUCCUGAUGCUGAUUUAAAUGGAGCAUACUAUGUAUCAUGUAAUUCGUCUCUCUUCCGCGUGGAGCAAGGGGGUGAUGUAUAUUCCUUACAUCAGCUGGAUUAUGAGACUCAACACCAACACCGAAUUCAGGUUACAGCUACCGACCUUAGAGGGCGCUUUAGUUGUGCAUACUUUGUAAUUUCUGUCCAGAAUAUUCAUGAUGAGAAACCAAUUUUUUCUAAAAAGUUUUAUCAAUUUGAAGUUGAUAGAAAUGCAACAACUGGAUAUCAUAUUGGCCAAGUUUUUGCCUAUCAUCCUAAUGGUAAUGCACUCCAGUUUACCAUGAAGUCUGGAACUGCAUCUCCGUAUUUCAAAAUGCAACAGGAAACAG